AUGCCCUCGCCAGAUGAGGACGCAGAGGCUUCGCCACUCAUUCAGGAACCCCAAGAACACAUACACACCCAGGAUGACCAGCAGCGCACAUACGGGCUCGGCUGGGGCAAGGACGCUCUCCGAAAUGUCGGUUUGGCUGCAGCUUUUCUCGUCUUAUAUGCAUUUGCGGACAUUCUGAAGUACAUCUCCACAGUUCGGCUGAUUGAACUGGGAAUUUGUCGUGAGCACUAUCUCCAGAAUGGUCCCGGGUCUGACGAUAAUGAUUAUCACAAAAACAUCCCGGAAAUCCUCUGCAAACUACCGAGCAUUCAACAGCAACUCGCCCACUUGCGGGGCUACUUGGGAACCCUGGAAGCAAUUGUCGGCCUGGUCUUUACGCUCCCAUAUGGCCUGCUUAUUGACCACUUGGGCGAACGCUUAGUCGCCGGGAUCAAUGUGGUAGGAUAUCUGCUCUCAUGUGCGUGGAUCAUCAUUGUGUGUUACUGCUGGCAAUUGCUCCCCAUCCGAAGCGUCGUGUUGGCACCGCUGUUCAGGGUAAUCGGUGGUGGAUCUCCAAUUCUUUCGUCAAUUAUCUACUCAAUCGCAGCGAAGAGCACUCCACAUGCAAGCCGAUCCUUGUGCUUCUUCUUCUUCAUGGCGGUACAGCUCAUCACUGAAAUCAUAUCAAUCACGAUUGCUGCGGAGCUACUUGACCGUGAGCUCUUGUUUACGCCGAUGCUGCUGAAUUUUCCCGUCGGCCUUCUAUGCUUGGCCACGCUUUGCAUAAUCCGUCCCGGCGCCGCUCAUCCGUCUACACGACAAACGCAAGGUUCCGCAUACGAGCCAGACAGACUGGCAGAGGGAGAACCAGCAGCAAAAAUCCUCGAGGCGACGACUGACAGCCUUCUUCGAAAGAGCAGUCACAUCCUCUCUGAACUCCUACACGACUGGAAUGUGAUUGCGCUGCUGGUGACAGUCCCGGUAGCCAAGCUCGUAAACCCUAUCACCGAGCUAAUGCUUCAGUAUAUUCCCAAGAAGUUCGAUUUGCCACUUGCAUCAGCUAGUCGCGCCUUGUCCAUUCAAGCAGCGGAAAGCUUGAUCGUGCUUGCCGCCAUUCUGCCAAUCCUCAAGAAUGUCAGCCAAGGCAAGUUUCAUGCCGUACCCGCAAAGGUGGACCUCUUCAUUGCUCGAUAUGGCUUCAUCGCUAUGAGUCUCGGCUGCCUCAUAAUGGCGUUAUCCCAAGCCUUGGGGGGCUUUGUCUUGGGGUUAUUAGUGUUCACGCUGGGCUGCGGCGCACGGCCAGCCUUGCAGUCCCUUCUAACUGAUUUGGCCAGGCGUGAGCACAUAUCUAUUCUCUACGCUGUUAUUGCCGUUUGUGAUGGCAUAGGAUCAGCCUCCGGUGCGUUCAUACUCAACCAAUCCUUUGCAAUGGCGCUUGGAUGGGAUAGCCAGCUGUAUCUCGGAUUCCCAUUCAUUAUUGGCAUAGCGUGCUAUGUCUUCGGCUUCAUUGCAUCCAUGUCCGUGGGGCUUACAGGAACUACUGGAAUGAUUCCACAGACUUAG